UACUCACCCCCACCCUUAUGCAGAGUGACUUUAGCCAUCCCUUCACAGUUUACCCAGACUGUCUGUCACCUUCACCAGCUGAAAAAGGGCAAAGGGACCUUUGACCACGAGGAGCAGGAAACAUCUGCACCCUCACCGUUUUCAACCCAAAUCCACGCUCGCGUUCUGAUGUGUUUUAUUAAGCCGCCAGCCCUCGGAGGCUGAGGUUUUGCAGCCUGGAGUUAGCUGUUACAUGAGAUACUCAGGAAGUUAUUUGCAUGGACUGGAUAAAAGCCUGUGGCAGCUGGGCGUGCUGCAGCAGCGAGUCGGAGCCCGCUGGAUCGGCCACCAGCCCAAGGAAUAUCAUUAGUUCCAGCUUCACAAUGAGUUGUUUACUGGCCUUGGCUGCCUGUGGGAACGGCCAAGAAGAGCGGAGGAAAAGGAGAGACAAACACAAUGCGAGCGAGAGGCGUUAGGUGGGAGGCUGGGCUUUAACAGCAGACUCAGGAUUUCAAACCUAUGGAACUGGAGAGGGCUGAAAAAGGAGUAAAAGGGCACCGGCUGCUCCACAGCGUACACAGGCUGGGGCAAACAAGCCAUCUGCUGCAUGACUCCCGCUGCCAGAAGAUCCCCGUCCCUAGCCCAAGGGCUGAUGUUUUAAAGGAUGAAAGGAUUCAGGGCAGAGACGUGGUAGCGAGGUUUGGAGCCCCCUUCCUGGAAUGCACUUCCUCGGGAAGAGAGGAGGUCGCUGCCUGAUUUUAUGGAUGUCACUGAAGUAGACUUUGAAGCUCUUUGGAAGCACAUCCCAAACUUGGCAUGGGAAACCACAGCAACAAUCAUACCUGCUUGACAGAUGAUUCCUUUAAGUACAACUUGUACGGCGCCGUGUACAGCGUGGUCUUCAUCCUGGGUUUGAUUACGAACUGUGCCUCCCUCUUCGUCUUCUGCUUCCGCAUGAAGAUGCGCAGCGAGACGGCCAUCUUCAUGACCAACCUGGCCGUCUCCGACCUGCUUUUCGUCUUCACCCUGCCCUUUAAGAUCUUUUACAACUUCAACAGGCACUGGCCUUUCGGAGACAGCCUCUGCAAGAUCUCAGGCACGGCUUUCCUCACCAACAUCUACGGGAGCAUGCUGUUCCUCACCUGCAUCAGCGUCGACCGCUUCCUCGCCAUCGUCUACCCCUUCCGCUCCCGCACCAUCAGGACCAGGAGGAACUCCGCCAUAGUCUGCGCCGGCGUUUGGAUACUGGUCCUCAGCGGCGGCAUUUCGGCCUCCUUGUUCUCCACGACCAACGUUUCCAACACCAGCACCACCUGCUUCGAAGGUUUCUCCAAGCGUAUCUGGAAAACCUACCUGUCCAAGAUCACCAUAUUUAUUGAAGUGGUAGGCUUCAUCAUCCCUUUGCUGCUCAACCUGACCUGCUCCUCUCUGGUUCUCAGGACGCUCCGGAAACCCGCCACCUUGUCUCAGAUUGGGACAAACAAAGAGAAGGUGCUGAAAAUGAUCAUCGUGCACGUGGCCAUCUUCGUCGUGUGCUUCGUGCCGUACAACUCCAUCCUCUUCCUCUACGCCCUCGUGCGGUCCCAAGCGAUAGCCAACUGCUCCUUGGAGAGGUUCGCCAGGACAAUGUACCCCAUCACCUUGUGCAUCGCCACCAUGAACUGCUGCUUCGACCCAUUCAUCUACUACUUCACGUCAGAAUCCUUCCAGAAGUCCUUCAACAUCAAAACCCAGAUCAAAAUGGAUUCUCUCUUCAAGACCGAGACCCCUCUGACAAAGACUGCGCUCCCGGCGCCGCAGGACGAGAUCAGCGACCAGGCCAUCACCAACGGAGGAGACCCGACAUCUGAAUCGCACUUCUAGGGAGAUGUUUACACGUGGAGCUGUGCCCCCAGUAGCUUUCUGAGCAACACCAUGUGUGAAAGAGCUGUUUCAGAGAAUAUGGCUUCAUCUGUGGGGUUAAUGAAGCUAGGGGGGGGAAUAACUAGACAGGUAGAGCAAUCCUUACACUGGGAUAGUCCCAACGGACGCAACAGGUGAACAGGAGAUAAAACCCCUGCUGGGUCUCCCUUAGGAGACAGGUAACAGCGUGUGCACCAACUAAAGCAGCCGUUCUGUUCCCUCUUUAAUCAGAAGAUGCCAACAUUUGGCACUGUGUUUCCCUCCCUUCCCCCAGCAGCUGACUUGGGACCAGCUGGAAAAUAGCAAGUUCUAAUUUCCUUAGAGAUGCCUACCAACACUUCAUGCCUUCUGAAGAUGCCUCAGCAUAUCUUAACUCAGUAACUCCCCACACUAUGAUGUAUGUUUGCUUGAAAAGGCGUAAUAAAAGCUUUUGGCUUUUCCUUAUUCCACUGCAAGAGUUUGACUAGACAGAGGCGUGCUGCACCGCCGGUGUGGAGAGGAAACAACUGGUGUGAAAGCAGGCAAAACGUUGCUGGG